AUGCAAAAAGUAAGGCAAUUAACGAUGAAGGCCCUCGUGUUUACCAAAGUCGGCAAGGUCGAGCUACUGGAGCGACCAAACCCCAAGCUCCUCGCGCCCACCGAUGCCAUCGUCAAGCUCAAAUACUCCACCAUUUGCGGCACGGAUCUGCAUAUCCGGAAAGGCCAUGUAGCGACGUGCGCUCCCGGCCGCAUUCUCGGGCACGAAGGGGUGGGAAGCAUCGAACAGGCGGGCAACAUGGUCUCGAGUUUCAAGGAAGGAGACAACGUCAUCAUCUCGUGCAUAUCGUCUUGCUCGUGUUGCGAAUAUUGCCGGAGGGGCAUGCCGUCCCACUGCAAGUCUGGUGGGUGGAUUCUGGGAAACGAAAUUGACGGCACGCAGGCCGAGUACGUGCGCAUCCCGCACGCCGAUAGCAGCCUGCACCACGUGCCGCCCGGCAUCGCCGACGUUCCGUCUCUCGUCACGGUGAGCGAUACGCUACCGACUGCCUACGAAUGCGGUACCCUCAACGCCAAGGUACAGCCCGGAUCGACGGUCGCCAUUGUCGGCGCUGGUCCGAUCGGGUUGGCCGUGAUGGCCACGGCGAACUUUUACUCUCCCUCCAAGGUGAUCAUGAUCGAUAUGGAUAGCAACAGGCUCAAGAUUGCAUCGGACUUGGGCGCUUCGGAUACUAUAAAAAGCGCGCCAGACGUCGACGUGGUGAAGAAAGUGCUGGACCUGACGGAUGGCAAGGGCGCCGAUGCGGUUAUUGAGGCAGUCGGGGUUCCUGCAACGUUUGAACUGUGUCAGAAGAUUUUAGCACCCGGCGGUGUCCUUGCGAAUCUUGGCGUUCAUGGGACCAAGGUCGAUCUAUUCUUGGACGAUCUUUGGUCGAAGAAUAUCAGUAUUACAACUCGACUAGUAGAUGCGGUCACGACGCCUACGUUGAUCAAGAUGGUUGAGACUAGAAAGAUACAGCCUGAAAAGCUCUUGACCCAUAAAUUCAAAUUUAGCGAGAUUGAAAAGGCCUACGAGACGUUUGGACAAGCGGACAAGCAUAACGCUUUGAAGGUUCUGAUUGAGAUCAACAUGUCGAGCCAAGCGUUGGAGAAUACACAGUGGACGGAGAAGCCCCCAUACAUCCCAGCCUCCCAAAGAUCGGGCUUCACUUCUAGGCAUCGCGGCUCCUGCCAUUGCGGGAAAAUCCAGUACUCGCUGAACCGCGAAGAGCCGCUCGCUUCCAAGUAUUGCCACUGUUCCGACUGCCAGACACUCCACGGGGCGCCGUUCCAAUGGGCCGCCAUUUUUCAAAAGGACGACAUGGCAUUCGACAACGGCUCCGAGGGGCUCGUCUUCUACCGCUCGGCAACGAGGGAGCUCGGCCAUGAUCUGCCCUGUAAAUUCCCCAGCGAGGCGGCGAGACGGUUGUUCAAGCCACAAGUACUGGAUAUUGCGGACGAUGCCGUCAAGUGGUCGGGGUUGGAUGGCAAGAGCGAGAGAUUGGACAGCUAG